AAUGGAUAGAAAAAAUAAUAUGCCUGUCGUUAUGUUUUACGUAAUUGAUAAGACUGAAUAGAAAGAACAUCUGCCAUGAGAUAAGAUAUAAAGGAAGCUAAGAGGCAGGGAUUUUUUUGAAAGAGGAAUGCACGAGAAACGUGAUAACGAUCUAGUCUUAACAUUUUUCUCAGUGCAACGUUUCCAUGCGUAAAAGCCUUCGAUUAAUGUUACCCCGUUGAGCGGUGGUCGAGAAAAGGGAACAGAAUCCGCUGCAAUUAAGGUGAUCGAUCGCGCAUGUCGCUUUGAUUGGGGGACGGUAAAAGGGAUAGAUUAAUUGACGGCGAUUACCUUAUCGCCGCGCGCGGAUAAAUGCACUUAAUGAGCAUCUCCAUAAAUCUAUAUCGAGAUGUCGAUACGUUUGCGACACAUUCCGUAUAAAAGUUCUCUAUGAAAAGUAUAAAGAAGGUGUUGUUAUUAUAAAAAUAUGACGCUUACUUUUGCAGCAAUGUAACAAAUUAAUUGUUUCAUUGACAUGAGCACGCAUGACUUAAAAGUGACUUGGGAUCGACGAGAGAAAAUUCGGAAAUUUGUCGGGACUGGAGCACAGCUUACGGUAGGAUCAGCGCAAUUUCGGAAGAGGUUGCCGCUAAUUAAGGAGAGCGAUUGUGUGCACGUAACGGUAUAAUUAAAGGGUAGGAGAAAUCAAAGCACCGGUGCGCCGAUGAGAAAACCGUAUCUCUUCAUCAGUGGCCGGCUCUCUCUAACGAGCGAGCCAUUAUAAAUGGAGGAUGUUUAUCGUCGCACGUAAAGUGCCGAUUAUGGACAAAGGGAGCGUAGUCGCGCCAUGCAUUUAGCGCUUUAAAUGCUCCCGGCUCAAUUUUUAUCACGUAUUAACGUCGAACGCAAUUUUCGUCUUGAACGAUGAUCUGCGGCUGCUUCUGAAUCUGUGGAAGGAAGAUGAAGGAUUAAGAUAAAUGCGCUAAGCGAUUUCAUUCGUAUUUUUAAUAGACUGCGCGCGUGUAACAUUAUGAUUGUUAUUGCACGCUCGGCUAUUUAGUUGAAUAUUAUUUUCAUAUUGAAUGCAACAUUUAGUGUUUCGUAACAAUUGUCGCAAUGAUUUCUGUAUUAUGUACUAAAUUUCUUAAUUUAUUUGUUAAAAAUACUUCAACUAUUUCCCUCGCUCAUUUGCAUUACAGUUGAUCCUCGAAGAAAACUUUUCGUCGCGUUCCUUGAGUGGACAGCUUGUUCCAACGGACACGAAAGGAUUAAUUGGCGGGUCCGAUCGCGCGCGUGCUGCUCUACCCCUUCGCCCUGCGCCCUCCUCCACCUUCACGUUGGGGUCCAUUCGAAGGGGUUGCACGCCACGCCGGAUCCUGCGGGCACGACGAGUGACGAGGAGAAGAAAAAAAAGAAGCGUAGAGGAGGAACGAAAGAAAGGAGUUGCUAAUUGACACGGGCGAUUGCACGUAACGGUAUAAUUAGAGAAAAGAAUACGGGGCCCGGGCUGGCGCACCGAUGAAACCAAUGAACCAGCCACCGCGCGACAAGGAGAGUCGGAAGAAGCGCGAGGGAGACGGCAGAAGAAAGAGCGCAAAAAAGAAAGAGACAGAGAGGAGAAAGAGAGAGACGAACGGAAAGGCAGAAAAGCAGCAGGGGAGAGAAGCAGCCGGCGGCUUUCGUGCCACCAUCGAGGGGUUCCCUCUCCAAAGAAAGAGCCGCGGGCCUGUGAUAAGAGAGAGCGAGAAGACGAAAACGAACGAGGGAGAAAGAGAGAGAGAGAGAAAGAGACGAGAAGGGUACGUGAACAGUAGAGGGAGCGAGAAAAAGAGAGAGAGAGAGAGAGAGAGGAGCAGGAGGGAGAACGAAAAGAGAGGGACCACAGGCUCGUGGACCCUACCGCGAUCAUUCUGUACCAACACGCCGCGCUGGUCGGUCUCGGAGCGAUCGCAGUGUCCCCCACGGUAACACCACGAGGAGCAACCGUUCUCCAACGAGGUCAUUUCCGCGUACCCCAAGAAGGAAAGCUCGCUGCUGAAGAGCCGUCGAGUGCAUCUUUCCUUCCCGGUGAUCCCUUGCUCGAGCCGUCGUUUCACCGCGAGACACGAGUCGCGACGGCAGGACGCUGCAGGACGAGACUUGGGAAGUGCCCCGGUGAAAGGUGCCGUGAGAGUUUCUUUUUUUUUAUUCUACGAUUCCGCCGGGACCAAUCUUCUUCCGGGAUUCUUCGUGGUGAAACCGUGAUCGUCGUCCGAUACGAGCCAUACCGAACUUUGGCGGGUUUCGCGGAUAGAUCUGGCGAAUUAAGACUGAACAAGCCCCCCUACCUUCUCUCGCGCGCAAUCAAGUCAAGAGCGAUAACGAUCUUGUCGCAAUCUCGGCGAGGGGACGAGAUCAAGGAAGUUCCGACGAGAAGUCGCAUCAAGAAAAAAUAGAUUCUGAAGUAUCGGAGAACCGCAUACGUGACGCAUGAGAACGAACGCACGUCAAAGGACUAGCGAUCGAUGUAUCGCAGUGGCUUGUCCUUAUCUCGAACGCUCGAUUGAAGAACAGGUUUGCAAACACCAACAGACUCUCCGGACAAUGAGAUACGAGUUUGUCGUCAACAUCCACAAAGCAACUCGCAAUUAACGUGACACACGUAGCUCGAGCGAGCACAUGUGUCUUCGUCUGGCCUGACGAUCAACUUGACGAUCAACGGACCCCGUGAUCGGUAUCCCUCGCGGAUUAACGCGAGAAAAAAAGCUCGCGGCUCCUGCGACAGUCAAAGCGGCGGCCGCGGGGUGCGGUUCGGGCGACGAGUUCGGCGGAAAUUAUUCCGUCAAGAUCGCAAUCGCGAACACGCGCGCGCGCGCGAGCAAGCAAGCAAGCAAGCAGCUCCUCGCCCGGCGAUCAGGUUUCGCCCCGCGAAGAAAUCUCACUCCUCUGGCGCGUUCUCCGGCGCGGCGCGCCGCGAAGAAAGAGAUCGCAGAGUGCUCGACGGGGCUCUCGGGUGUCCGACCCGGUCUCGUGCGCGUCCGAGAGAUCGGGUGUACUAAUUAUGCGAGGCUGCUUGGUAUCACGGGUCGCAAAAUGAGACGUGAGGCGUGCCGUGUCGCGCGACGCGGGAGAGGAACGUUCUCGCAUGCAGGAUCGCUCACGGAAAGGACCCGCGGCUGGGACUCUCGAUAAAGAAGAAAAAGGAAGCGAUCGAUCGAUUCACGAUUCAUUGGGAUCGGUAUUAACGCGAGGGGGCGAGCAGUGGACGCCGUCGCGCGGGACCGUCCCACCAGGUCAAGUUGGCCCGCAAUUAUCUUCGGUACUUAACGACUGCGGCACGUUCGGUUGCGGGCAAAAAGAUGACGGUGCACACCAAUGCAGGUCUCUUCGUGAUCCUGCGAAUACUGCUGUUCGUCGCUGCCGCAGCUGGCGCGGUAUCGGGAACAUGGAUCAAUCUGGGUCUACGAGAGUUCCAGCAGCUGAAAACGGCGCAGUCGAUGCACGCGUACGACGUGAGUGCUUCGACGAUCUGCGUCGGUUUGAAGGGGCUAUCUCAGGGUCAGGGGAAACUCUGUCAGCUGUCCGUGGACCACAUGCCUAGCGUAGCCAACGGGGCAAAAUACGGCGUCACGGAGUGCCAGCAUCAAUUCAAGCACCGCAGGUGGAAUUGUUCUAUCGUCGAAGACGAAAGCGUGUUCGGUCCGAUAUUUCGAAUAGCGAGCAGGGAAAACGCGUUUGUUCACGCGGUCACCGCUGCCGGGGUGGUCUACUCCAUCAGUCGUUCUUGCCGAGAUGGUCAGCUGUCAUCGUGCGGCUGUUCCAGGAGCAACAGACCUAGUGAUCUGAAUGACGACUGGAUCUGGGGCGGAUGCGGCGAUAACUUGGAGUACGGCUACAAAUUCACGCGAUCGUUCGUUGAUGUGCGGGAGCGUGAACGUAGUUACAAGAGAGGCAGCCGAGAGCAGGGCAAGAGCUUGAUGAAUCUGCACAACAAUGAAGCCGGCCGCAGGGCUGUCAUCAAAAGGUCCAAGGUGACAUGCAAAUGUCAUGGCGUUUCCGGAAGCUGCAGUCUCAUCACUUGCUGGCAGCAGCUCGUAUCGUUCCGCGAAAUCGGUGAUUAUCUCUUAGACAAAUACGACGGCGCAACGGAAGUCAGGGUCAAUCGGCGAGGCCGCUUGUCGAUACGCGAUCCCCGAUUCACCGUGCCUACUGCCAAUGACUUGAUUUACCUGGAUGACUCUCCGAGUUACUGCCUGCAAAAUAAAACUAUAGGUUCACCAGGUACCCAAGGAAGAUUAUGCAAUAGAACCUCAUCCGGCAUGGACGGCUGCAAUCUCCUCUGCUGCGGUAGAGGAUACAACACGCAGAAGUCGACCAUCAAAGAGAGAUGCGAGUGCAAAUUUCACUGGUGUUGCUUCGUCGAAUGCAAGACUUGUACAAAAAAUAUCGAUAUCCACACCUGCAAAUAGAGCGCCGCUAUUUAUUAUUCUUCUUCCACUUCUUUUCCCGACUUAUCUUUAUGUUAUCGACGAUAUACAUAUACUGUACUUAACGAUGCGUCAUAUUCUGACAACAAUGGCAUUAUUGUCUCGCAGUCAAUUUUAAUGAUAAAAUGAACGCAUAUUUUUCAGUAAAGACGAAAAUUAGUUCUCUUAGGAAUUUUAUUGAAAUAUUUCAUACGAAUGUAUCUGUGGAUGUCUAUGCAAUGUUAUUAUUGCGAUAAGUUUCUCGAGUGAGACAGGUAGAACUAUAUAUAUUCUAUUGGAAUAUAUUGAGCUGUCUAUUAAUCUACUAAGUAUUGGAUUGUUUCUUUUCGCAAAUGUUUUGCGGCCUAUGCGAAAGCUUAAGCGAAUCAAAGAACUUUUAUGUGUGUUCGUAGAAUUAAGCGCUUUGCAAACAAUUUACGAUCAUUAAGUUAACGCGAUAUUUUUUUGUAACAUGGGAAAAAGUUCACAAAGGUUUGCAACCUUUUGAAUUUCCGCGAAAAUGUCCCGCUAAACUAAUGAGAAUGUAUAGCUAAUUCAAAACUUUUUGGUACGCGACUGAUAAGGAUUUGAUGAUAAUGCAUUAAAAUGCACUGAAAUGGAUAUUUGUCGUAUCCUUUCUUCACGGAAAACAAUGAAAUAUUCUUCCCUAUUAAAAAAAUUUUUUAAUAGGGAAGAAAAUAAACGAUGAAUUGUAUCGUACGCGAAUAAAUUAUUUUCAAAUUUUUAUUAAUUUUAUCAUUUUUAAAGUAGUUACAAAAAGUAGAUAAAUUAUUUAAAAUGUCCAUUUUUAUUUAUUUAUUCCGACUGAACAAUUUAUCGUAAUUUAGCAAUUCAACAAAUAAUGCGCAUAAAUACAUAUAUGUAUAUUAUAUAUUUAUGCGCAUUAUGUGCACAGCGUUGUUCGCGAAUGUACUGGCGGAUACUUAAGGAUGUUGCGAGUAAACGUACCAACUGUAUAUCUAAGUAAGGAUUUAUCGUUAUUAGAAAUGCAGGGGUAAACUUAAAAAAGAUGUCAAGUAGCUCGAAAAAAUCCAAAAUUAUUUUUUUAAUUGACAUAUACGGGAUGAUAUGGGAAUAUCUCUCUCUGACGUGUAAGUUUAUAAGAUUUGAACGAAAUUUAUAUAUUCAUAUAAAUUGAUGCACAUGCGUUUAACUUCCUGUUAAAUGCGCUAAAUUCUCAGAAUUAUUCUUAUGUCAUCCUGCAUAUGCACAUAUAUAUAUAUACAUAAAAAAAUAUAUAUAAAUAAUUCAAAUUUUCUAUUAUAAUCGCAAUAAAGAUUAUGUAAUAACAUUCCAUCUGCGUAUCUGAUGGGAAUGUCUACUUGCCUUGGAUAAUGAUACAUAAUUUGUAAGCCGAAUAAUACGUGUGCAGUAUGUCCAAUAGACUUAUUUAAUAGUGAUAUUAUUAUUUAUUUCUACUUCCAGAUGCUGUAAUGUACAAAACUCUACAUUUCAACAUGUUCAGACAUUUCAAAUAAUAAAAUACCUGAUGC